AUGCACAAUCCGACGCAACAGUCAAUCCACUUUCACGCUUUCUCGCCGUUUAUCCUACCGUCUCGUCUAUACCCGUCGAGGAGGAGGAAGAAAGGCGGGGACGCAUUCGGAGACACGCAUACACGCAUACAUACUUUGUGUUCGCAGCUGGGAGCGGAGGAUGUGGAGGUGGUGGAGGCGAUUCCAGGGGAGGACAAUCGGAACGAGAAUUCAGCGUUGAACAGGCAGGACAACGACAUAAACAGCUCGGACCAGUUGGCGUUAGAAUCGUUAGGGGAGAAGGACGCGGGCGGGAGCCACUACAAGUCGGGCGGCCUUCGAGGUCACCCCCUUCCCCUGGGCCCGAAUCGGGCAGGGCUCGGGCUGCCGCAUCCGAGGCCGCACCACAACGUGGCGUACCACGGGCCGCCCCCACCCCUGCCCCCGGCCAAGACCGAGGCGAUCGACAAGGUGUACACGACGGGCGGCGGGAUGAGCACCGCGGUGGGCGCGGAGCCGUGGCCCGCGCCCACCCCCGACAUGCCCAAGAUCGUCUCGUUGGACGUGAAGUGCGAGAAAAGCCUGAUGAAAGUUUACCUAGGCUUCGACAAACCGUUCUACGGGAUAGUGUUCAGCAAAGGCCACUACAGCAACGUGAAUUGCGUCCACCUGCCGGCCGGCUUGGGGCGCACCUCGGUCAACUUCGAGAUUAGUAUUCACGCGUGCGGCACGGCCGGGAACACGGAGAACGGUUUGUACGGGUACGGGGCCGAGUCCGGGUCGGGCACGUACUUUGAAAACAUUAUCGUGGUGCAGUACGAUCCCCAGGUGCAGGAGGUUUGGGACCAGGCGCGAAAGCUGCGUUGCACCUGGCACGACCUCUACGAGAAGUCGGUCACGUCGCCGUUCCCCGUCGACAUGCUGGACGUGGUGCGCGCCGACUUCGCCGGGGACAACGUCGGCUGCUGGAUGCAGAUACAGGUGGGCAAGGGGCCGUGGGCGUCCGAGGUGUCGGGCCUGGUCAAGAUCGGCCAAACCAUGACCAUGGUGCUCGCGAUCAAGGACGACGACUCCAAGUUCGACAUGCUCGUGAGAAACUGCAUGGCGCACGACGGUAAACGGGCCCCGAUCCAACUGGUCGACCAGAGGGGUUGCAUCACCAGGCCCAAGCUCAUGUCCCGCUUCACCAAGAUAAAAAACUUCGGCGCCUCGGCCUCGGUCCUCUCCUACGCCCAUUUCCAGGCGUUCAAGUUCCCCGACUCGAUGGAGGUCCACUUCCAAUGCACCAUACAGAUAUGCCGAUACCAGUGCCCCGAGCAAUGCUCCGAGUCCCCUUUGCUGCUCGAGUCCCAGGGCCUUCUCGACCCUCACCACUCCCCAACCUCCAACGCCCACCCCGAUUCCGCCUACGCCCUCCCCCCACCCAUCCCCCUCCCGCUCGAGGCCUACCUGCAGGCGGCCGCAGGCCGCCCGCGGGACGAGAGGCGAAGGAAAUCCCGCGAGGUAAUACCCCAGAAGGCGGUCGGGGUGAAUCGCAUAAUACGGGUGGUGUCCACGGGCGACCUCACCUUCUCCAUCGGGGACGAGUCGGGGAACGGCGAGCUCCCGGGGGGAUCGACCAUGGUCUUCCCCGUGAGGAACGAGAGCGGCCCGAGCGCGGCCACGAUGAUCUGCAUGACCACCCUCGGAUUCGUCGUCACUCUCGUUAUACUUCUGGCCGUCUUGCUGCUCUCCUGCAUACUGUCCACCUACCUCUGCCUGCGCCUAAGACCGUUCUCGGCUAGAUCUAGAAAGGCUGCCGCGUAUCAUAACGGGGAGCAAAGCGCGGCUAAAAAGUCGAUCAGGACGUGUUUUUACUCAUAGGUU